AUGGAUCUAACCCCGCCGCCAGGCAUCGACCUCGAUGCAUCCCACCAAAGCGGGUUAAGAGCGACAUAUUCGACAACUUUUGGUCUAGCCGUAUCGGCUGUGGCUCUGCGCCUGUUCUGCAGACUAAGAGUCUCCAAGACUCGACUAUGGUGGGAUGAUUAUUUGAUCUGUGCUGCACUGGUGAGGAUUCCCUCCAUUGUGUCGACUCUUUGGCGAGUCUGCUGGAUGUUGACAGAUGCCUUUACUGGAGUCACCAACAAAAUCCACUUCAAGACUGAUAAUGAUUGUUCAUGCCAGGCAUUUGCCACGGGGAAUUUUAUCGACAUGAUGAUCUGGAUAGAUCGGGGUGUCGGCACGCAUAUCUAUCGCUGGGGACUACCCGGCGUUUCACAUUUCUAUAUCAACCUUUUCGUCUGCGAAAUUCUAUACACAUUAUCGGUUGUCUUCACGAAAUACUCCAUCUUACUCUUCUUUUGGCGCAUCUUCAGUAGCACCAACAUUCGCGUCCCCAUCUAUAUUAUUGCAACAAUCACCACUGCUUGGGGACUUGGCGUGGACCAUCUCCACACCCCCCCCCCUCGCCAGAUCCUGACAACAGUUUUCCAAUGUGUACCGAUUCAAGGACUUUGGGACUACUCGAUCAAGGCGCACUGCGGCGUCAACAUCAACUCCUUCUUCAUCGGCAAUGCAGUCCCCAACAUUAUCACAGACUGGUCUCUUUUGAUCCUACCGCUGCCAUACGUGUGGAAGAUUCAUCAGACCACCAUUCAGAAAUUUGCUCUCAGUGCCGCAUUCAUCAUGGGAGGCUUUAUUUGUAUCAUCUCGAUCGUUCGCCUGAUUGUCAUGCUGGAAGCAUACAAGACGCCCUCUGUGGACGUGACCUGGGUCUUCAUCGGCCCUUCCAGCUGGACUGCAGUUGAGACCAAUCUUGGGAUUUUGUCCGCUUGUCUUCCCUCUCUCCGACCAUUCCUCCGACUAAUAGGUGGGAGCGAGCGCAAGAGGCUAAGCGACAAAGACAUCCACAAGCUGUCCAAUUGGUAUGGAAGAUCAUACUCGUCGGCAAAGAGUGGUUACCGUCCCCACCAUGAUCCCGACAGUCAAGUGGAUGGCAUUGAUGUGACGACGAGUGUGGAUAUCGAGACAUAUCCCCGGCAUCUAGAGCAUCAGCCACAUUACUGA